AGGUUGUCCAUAUGGUACACGCUCCUCACGGUCGUCUUCCGCUGCCCGUCGUCGCCCAAACAACUCACCAAAGACUCUCCCAAUGUUUGCGAGCCUUACUUCCAACUAAGGGACUUUGCCGUUCCUCACCUCCAACCCUAUUAUGAUACCUAUGCCUCGCCUUAUGUUCAACAAGUCCAACCCUACUUUGACCGCGUCAGAGAACAGGCCUAUGUUCCCGCUGCUGCCUUUGCUCAGAAGCAUGGUGCCCCUCGUGCCGCCCAGAUUCAGAAGUAUGCCACCAAUGAAUGGAAGCGAUCAGUCCGUCCUCAGCUGGACGUCGCUCGCAAGCACGCCCUGAAGCAGUACGACUCUACCUUGGGCCCUCACGUUCAAAAAGUUCAAGACGCCAUCUCCCCCUACUACACGAACGUCAAGGCCUUGGCCACUGACUUUUACGAACUCGAGUUGCUACCCGCCUACAAGCACACUGCUCCCUACGCAAAGAAGUUCUACGGCCAAGCCCAUCGCUUCUCCGUCAACACUGCUCUGCCUUACGCUCGUUGGGGCACCGACUUGACUUUCACUUUCGUUCGCCGACAGAUUUGGCCAAGAAUCCAGGUCCUUUACGGAGAGAAUGUUGAGCCUCAAAUCUUCAAGAUCACCCAAAGACUUGGUCGUUACCGCGACGAAAAGAAGAUUGAAGCCGCCGUCGAGUCCGCCGAGAGUUCCGCGUCUUCUUCGUCCUCUUCCAUCUCGUCAGCCGCAUCCGCUUCCUCUACCGUUGUCGCUAGCUCGCCCUCAGCCGUGGCAUCUAGCGUUGUCGCUGCCUCGCCUUCAAUGGCACUUACUGAGGAAGAGCCUAGUGCUGCCGAACAAUUCUCCCAGGAUUUGAAGGUCUGGGAAGAGCAUGUCUCCAUUGCUGUGCGCGAGGGACUUGACCAUCUGCGCGAACGUAUCCAGGAGAUUUGCGACCGCCAAGUCGAGACCCAGACCAAUGGUGUAGGCCAAGCUCUGAUCGUCCAGAUGGAAGAAGGCUCCUCGUCGGCAUUCAGAAGCCUCAAGGCCAGAGUUGAAACUGUUAUUGAACAUCUCCCCGAGGAGCCUUCAGAGUCUGAUAUCUCAUCUGCUCAGGACUCUAUCAACAAGGAAGUCAAGAAGGCUGGUCAGACUAUCAAACAAAAGGCCCAGAAUGUCCGUGAUUGGAAGCAAACCUUUGAUCAAGACAUCACCCGUCUCAUCGAGGCUGCCGCCAACUCCACUCUUGAAACUAUUGAUAACAUCCGUGACCUUCGUCUGCAGGAGAUUGGAAGACGUUGGGCUUCCAACGCUGCUAUCACCCACAGGGACUGGACUAAGUACAACGACCUCAAGAAAGCCUCGAGCAAGGGCCGUGACGAGGUUGCCGCUCUCGCCACCUCGAAAGAGCUCACUGAAGCCAAGAAGGGCGCUCACGCAAUCGAGGAAAGAGCCAUGGCUAUUGCUGAAGACGCUGCCAAAGAGCUCGCCAGACUCAAGAGUGUUUCGCAGUGGAAGCUCGAGGCUAGAGAUUCGUCCGAUGACUUUGACACAAAAUACGCACCAGCUGCCGCUGCUAGAGUCAAGCAACAAGUCGCCGAGAAGAUGGCCGAUGCCAAAGAGGCCAUCUCUGGCGCAUCUUCUGCUGCUAGCCAAGCUUCUUCCAGCGUUGCCUCGAUUGUCUCAAGUGUCUCGGCUCCGUCAAUUGUGUCUGAAGCAUCUUCUAGCAUUGCCUCGGUCGUAUCCAGCGUGUCAGCUCCGUCAAUCGUGUCCGAAGCAUCUUCGAGCAUUGCUUCAGUUGUGUCCAGUGCAUCAGCUCCAUCAAUCGUUUCUGAGGCAUCUUCGAGCAUUAGCUCAGUUGCCCAGCAAGGAUCAUCGAGUGCGUCAUCUGUGGCAUCUCAAGUGUCCGAGAGUGUAUCCAAUGCCUCUGAGCAGGCUUCUAAGAAGGUCUGGGGCGGAGCUAUGGCUCAAGCAGUUCCUUCAGAACGUUCCAUCGUCCUUGACGACGACAUUGUCGACGAUGAGUACACGUACUCAAGCAAGCUCCAGGACAUCCUUGGAAAGGCUGGCAGCCAGGCAAGUCAGCUCACUCAAGCAGUUCAGGAUGCUAUGAAGCCUGCCCCUACCCAGGGCAGCGUCGAGUCGGUCACUUCUCUUGCCAGUGAGCAGUAUGAACGGGCUCUAUCUGCAGCAAGCAGCGUCAUCUUCGGCACCGAACAAGGUGUUGGAGAGUCCCUGUCGAGUGUCGCCAGUGACAGAUAUGCCUCUGCAGUUUCUGCUGCAUCGAGUGCUAUCUAUGGUGAACCUAUUCCUGCCACCAAGUCUAUUGCUUCUCAAGUUGCCUCGGUCGCAGCUUCUGUCACCGCCGGCGCUAGUAGCAACAUGGACUCUUUCCAGUCGUCGGCUGGCUCGAUCUACACUGAGGCUCAGUCUGUCUACUCGAACUCUAUCGCAGACCCGAUGCAAUCUGUUUACACCAGUUCCAUCGCGGAUCCGGUGCAGUCAGCUCUGUCUUCAAUCUCGUCGAUAGCAUCUUCAAGACUCCAGGAAGGUCUUUCAUCCGCAAGCGCUCAGUUCGAACAUGCCAAGAGCGCUAUCGGUGCUUCACCAACACCAGUCCAACAAGGUGUUCUGGCGGAUGCUCAACGCAGAUACUACGAGAUGGUGGGUUAUGCUUAUGACCGUUACUCAGCCUUCGAUGAGGCAAUCUAUGGUACAUCGACAGGUUCUGCCGAGUCAAUCGCCAGCGCUGCUAGCACUGCUAUCUAUGGAAGUGAGACACCAUGGACGGAAGCCGCUGCUUCGCAGGCAAGUCAAAACUGGGAGAUGCUGGUCUCCAAGGCCAGUGAACAAGUUUACGGUUCUCCUACACCCUUCUUCUCUCAGGCCAGUGAGUACGCUUCUCAAGCUACCGUUGCUGUGGUGGAACAGUACGCCGCAGUCUCUGCCCUCUUCGACGAGCUCGUCAAUGGACGCGAGCCAGAGUUCACCGAAAGUGUUUGGAGCCGCCUUCAAUCUGCAUAUUCUACCGGUGCUCCUGCCAUCGCAUCUAGUGCAUCGAGCUAUGCUCAAGACGUUUACGCCAGCGCAUCUUCAUUCUAUGAAUCGGCCUUCACUCCCCCACCAACCGUCGAGGCUCUUCUGGACAACGUCAACGAGCAGAUUAAUUCUGCAGUCGACGCCGUUUCGGCCCAGAUCUACGGCACUACAAAGGGUAACAUGGAGCAGAUGACUGAAGCUGUUGGCAGCGCAUACAAUGAUGCUGCAUCUCGCGCCAGUGAAGCUGUCUAUGGAACCACUACUGGUUAUGCUGAAGCAGCUCAGAGCCAAAUCGCAGAUGCUGCUUCGUCUGCCCAGCAAGCUAUCAGCGAAGCCUUAUUUGGAACUCCCUCUGCCACUGCUGCGGCAGCCAGCAUUUACACAUCGAUCGCAUCGGUUGCAUCGGAAAACCGUGAUGCUGUGGUUUCAAAGGCUGUCGAGCAGUACGAGGCAGCUACGUCAGCUGCCAGCAGCGCCAUCUAUGGGUCCGAGAAGGGCGCUUUCGAGAGCGCUCAGAGCAGACUGUCCGUUGCCAUGGCUAGUGCAUCUAGCAGACUGGCUGAAUUUGGCGAGACUGCAAGCAAGGCAACCGAUGAGUCUGUAUCGAAAGUGGUAGAAGCUGCUCAGGAGGCUGCAUCAUCAGCGAGCAGCGUGGCUGAAUCAGUCAGUGCCAGAGUUAGAGACGAGCUCUAA